UCUCCUGAGAAGAGGGUUAGGAGGCCCUGAUCCUGUUCCUCUGAUACAGUGGGGUGCAGGGCGUCAGGCCAGUGACAUCACUGACCUUAGAUCCUAGGAGUCUUGAGUUCAGCCACCCUCCCCUGGCCACCAGAACCAGCACUGACACGGAUGCUCAGGCCACCUUGGUGAGCCCGGAGGGUAGAUGCAAUGUCCUCCUUCCCCCCAGCUCCUUGCAUCCCUGGGGGCAAUGGCAGUCCCACAGGAGGCAUUGCUCAGAGUAUGUUCCCCCCUGGCCCUUCUUGGGGGCCACCUUCCUGCUCUGCAUAGCUGUUAUUCCUGUCCUCUUUCCUAGCCACAACUUGGCCAGCAGACCGUCCCAGCUUAGGGGUCAUGUGACUUAAGACUCCAUGAAGCUCGGUUCCUCAGCUAUGAGCUGGGGUGGCCUGUCCCAUGCUGACGAGGCUUCGUGAAGCUGACACAUUAGAGUGCCCAGCACAAGGUGGUGUUUUAGUGUCCCCAGGAGUGCUCUCCUGGCCCUUCUUAUCGAGGACACAUUCUUUCCACAGAGCAUGCAGCAAUUCCCACAGUCACUCAGCCAGCCUGGCCCCAAGCCAAGCCUCUGUCGCUUGUCCCAGCCCCUGGCCUGCUCCCUCCCCAGGGGUGGUGUUCUAGGGACAUGCUGAGCUGGUGUGGUGACAUAAUCCUUCUCUCUCCUUUUUGUCUCCUCCAGGUUUGGUAAGAGUGAUUCAUUUUCAUCCCUUCUGCCACCUGGAGUCGUGUCUGUGGUGCUGUCCCCAUCGGGGGUGGACGUCUCUGACCCUCUCUUAACCUUCCUGGCCUUUCCAUAGUCCAGAGGCACUGGCACUGGGAACCACUGCAGGGAGUAGUUACAAGACAGGUGGCCUUAAAAUGAGUGGCUGAGAACUGGGCGUGGUGGCACAGGCCCGUCAUCCCAGCCACAUAGGAAGCAGCAGCAGGAGGCUCACAAGUUCAAGGCCAGCCUGGGCAACUUAGUCUCUUUCUUAAACAUCUCAUCCCGCACUCCCCAUCUAGCUAACCUCCACGUACAAUUUCUUUCCCUCUUACUACAUCCUUAAAAAAAAAAAAAAAGAAAAGAAAAAAGAAAAAGUUCUGGGGCGUAGAGCUCAUUGGUAGAGUGCCCUGGGCUCAGUCCCCAGUUAUGGGGGCAAAAAUAAAAAAUGAUGGGCGGGCCUUAGCCCAGCCAGUGGCUGCUCUCUGAGAAGUAGGGGCUCUAAGAGUGUCACAGUCCUCCACAGUCCAGUGACGAGUCCUGUCUCCACCCUGCUAUCCUUGCAGUGACCUCUGUGGUGGACACUUGCUCUCUGGGCUGCUAUGAUAGAGGAGGGAGGUGCCAUUGGCCAGGUUCAGGUGGACGUGAGCUGUCUUCAAAGCCCUGGCUGGUGUCUCAGGACCCCACUCUCCAGGAGAGGGACAUUGCUUGAGGCAACUCGGACUUGGAGGGUGCUGAUGUCCUCCCAGGAGGGGAGGAGGAAGACCAGACAACCCUGGACCCCCUUUUCCGCCCCUCCACCUCCAGGUUGGGCACAGAAUCUGGCAUGUCCUGCAGGGCCUCUCGCACGGCAGAGCCAGGGAGUCGGCCAUGCCUGGCAUCUGCUUUUAAUUGAGUGGAAAUGCAGGGGUGCCUGGUUUUGCUUGAAUGAAAUAGAAGUUUCUUUUCUUACCAUCCUUAGCUGGCUAAGGAGAGCGACUUGAGGGCAGGAAGGGCCCCAGGAGGAGGCAGGGUUGAGGAGGCAGUGACAGAGCUGCAGGGAGCUACUGCUGGAGCCCCAGGGGCAGGGCAUAUGAAAGGAGAGAACCUGCAUGUCCCUGUCCCCAGGGAACACGCAGGAGCCCCCAGACCCUUAAGAAAACUCAGAGAAACGUCCAGUGAGUCCCGUCCCCAGACAGCCUGGGCCCUGUCAUCUUCCUGUUGCUGGGGUAACACAGGAACCACAGAAGCAAGGCUAUUAGGCCUUCAGGGCCAGUAGUCCCAUCCAGAUUAGGAGCAGGGACGCCUGGGAUGCAUGCCAUCUCAUGUCCCUGUCCCCCACCUGUGGCCAGUGGUACAAACCACAGGUUGCAUUCGGAGCCAGAUAGUUGAAGACUCAGUUGCCCCUUGUCUGUCUCUCAGGCUGGCCACCAGCCCCUCCUAUAGCCUGUGUUUUGACAGCCUUGGGUUCUCAUGGGACCCAGGGUGUGGAAGGACCCAGGGGGGAGUUGAGAGGCAUCAGCCCCGUGGCAGAUGAGCCAGAGAGCCCCAGGUGAUAGGAUCGUGAUGUCCCUGAUCUUCAGCCUUUUGUCCCCAUCAAAAUUCCCUUAGUGUGAGAAGGAUUGGCACUUAAUGAGCACCAGCUGUAUGCAGGGCAGCCUUCAGUGACCCAGACCCACCAGGCCUUAAACACUGGUUCUUAGGGGAGCUCAGAUCAGGAGAGGCGUCCCCAGGAUGUCCUCUGUGGAGGCAAGCAGAGGGGCAUUCAGAGCCUGUGGCCCUUCUCUCACCAAGGAAAGAGGGUACCUGAGAUGUCCCCAGAGCUCAGAAGGUAGGGCCCCAGUGGGGUUGGCCACAUGGGGCUUCAUCUUGUCCUCGCUCUUCCUGUCUGAUUCCGGCAAGGGUGGCUCUCAGGAGUGUGCUCAGGGUGCCUCUGGAAGAAGGGUACAGGCUGAGCUGAGGGGCCUCCCUGUAGCUAACCGUGUGGCCUCCACCCAAGGUCAAGGUCAAGCUUCCACUUCCACCUGUGCUUAACCUCCUGCCUUCAAGGCUGACCCCACGGGGACACAGGCUGAGCACUGCAGAGACAGGUGGCAGCUUCCACCAGAGAAUAAGCCCAGUAUGAGGGAGGUGGCAUCCGUCCCCUGGCCUAGGUGGCCUGUCCCUAUCUUGAUAGGUGUUGGUUCAGGUAAGCAUUGCUCUACUGUGUGACACCUAGCAUCCCCUCUGGCCCGCGACCUCUGAACUGCAAGGUCAUAGGCAGAGCUUCCUCAGCUUGCCCAACCUGACUUCUUUCCCUGCAGAUCUUCCACAUGGAUCCCCACAGAUGGUACGAAGGGACAUCGGCCUCUCGGUGACACAUAGGUUCUCUACCAAGUCCUGGCUGUCGCAGGUCUGCCACGUGUGCCAGAAGAGCAUGAUGUUUGGAGUGAAGUGCAAGCACUGCAGGUUGAAGUGUCACAACAAGUGCACAAAAGAAGCCCCGGCCUGUAGAAUAUCCUUCCUCCCACUAACAAGGCUUCGGAGGACAGAAUCCGUCCCCUCGGACAUCAACAACCCUGUGGACAGAGCAGCCGAACCCCACUUUGGAACCCUCCCCAAGGCACUGACGAAAAAGGAGCACCCUCCCGCCAUGAACCCCCUGGACUCCAGCAGCAACCCCUCCUCCGCCACGUCCUCCACGCCCUCCUCGCCAGCGCCCUUCCCGACACCAACGAACCCCUCCAGCGCCACCACACCCCCCAACCCCUCGCCUGGCCAGCGGGACAGCAGGUUCAACUUCCCAGCUGCCUACUUCAUUCAUCAUAGACAGCAGUUUAUCUUCCCAGACAUUUCAGCCUUCCCGCCACCAGCCCCGCUCCCUGACUCGGCAGACAGUGCCCGGCUCGACGACCCACCCAAAGCAGAUGUGUUGGAGGUUCCUGAGGUGGAGGCUGAGGAGCCAGAGGCUGGAAAGUCAGAGGCAGAAGAUGACGAGGACGAGGUGGACGACUUGCCCAGCUCCCGUCGGCCCUGGCGGGGCCCCAUCUCUCGAAAGGCCAGCCAGACCAGCGUGUACCUGCAGGAGUGGGACAUCCCCUUCGAGCAGGUGGAGCUGGGCGAGCCCAUCGGACAGGGCCGCUGGGGCCGGGUGCACCGUGGCCGCUGGCACGGCGAGGUGGCCAUUCGCCUGCUGGAGAUGGACGGCCACAACCAGGACCACCUGAAGCUCUUCAAGAAGGAGGUCAUGAAUUACCGACAGACUCGGCACGAGAACGUGGUGCUCUUUAUGGGGGCCUGCAUGAACCCCCCCCACCUGGCCAUCAUCACCAGCUUCUGCAAGGGGCGGACGUUGCAUUCAUUUGUGAGGGACCCCAAGACGUCUCUGGACAUCAACAAGACGAGGCAGAUUGCUCAGGAGAUCAUCAAGGGCAUGGGGUAUCUUCAUGCCAAGGGCAUCGUGCACAAGGAUCUCAAAUCCAAGAAUGUCUUUUACGACAAUGGCAAAGUGGUCAUCACAGACUUUGGGCUGUUUGGGAUCUCAGGAGUGGUCCGAGAAGAACGGCGUGAGAACCAGCUAAAGCUAUCCCACGACUGGCUGUGCUACCUGGCCCCUGAGAUCGUGCGCGAGAUGACUCCCGGGAAGGACGAGGACCAGCUGCCCUUCUCCAAAGCCGCCGACGUCUAUGCAUUUGGGACUGUCUGGUAUGAACUACAAGCAAGAGACUGGCCCUUUAAGCACCAGCCCGCAGAGGCCUUGAUCUGGCAGAUUGGAAGCGGGGAAGGCAUGAAGAGAGUCCUGGCCUCCAUCAGCCUGGGGAAGGAAGUCACCGAGAUCCUGUCUGCCUGCUGGGCAUUCGACCUGCAGGAGAGACCCAGCUUCAGCCUGCUGAUGGACAUGCUGGAGAAGCUGCCCAAGCUGAACCGCAGGCUCUCCCACCCUGGGCACUUCUGGAAGUCUGCUGACAUUAACAGCAGCAAAGUUGUACCCCGCUUUGAAAGGUUCGGCUUGGGCGCCCUGGAGUCCAGUAAUCCAAAGAUGUAGCCGGCCGUGCGGUUUUUCGACCACCCAUUUCUUUCUUUUGCAAAUGUGUUUCUAAAACACACCAACAACCACCACGACAGAAAUAAAUAAUUAAAAAUUAAAACACUCCACCUGCCCAGCGCUGCACACGAGGAACACGAGUCCUCCAUUCAGACUGUUCGUCACCAAGACGCGUGGGUCCUGGAGAUGGAGCCACACACCUGCCAUUUGAGAUGACGCCACCAACAACCAGAUCUGUCUGACUGACAGCGAAUGUUUACACAUACGUCUCUGCGGAGCGGACUUGAUGUUUUACAAUAGGUAAUAAUAAACAGUCCAUGUGUAGGGGCGCUGGCACCUUGGGAUGGCGGAAGUGGCUGCCCCUUCUGGAGGACUUGUAACAGUGAGGGGCCCAGGGCUGGGCCAGAAGAAGAAAAGCAACGUGAUUAUGGCUGUUCUCCGGGAGGCGGCCCAUGGCGUGACCUGGCCUCUGCCUUGGCCCUAACACCCAUCCAUAGGGAGUCUCCAUUUGGGAUUCCCCCUUUGUCCUAUCAAAGGGACAUUAUCCCUUCCUCAUUUUGCAGAGGAAACCCUGGCUGGGAACCAAGCUGGAUUUACAAGUGUCAGGAUUCCCUGAAGAACUUGGAUAGACCCUGUGACUCCCUCUAAUCCAGGGUGUUUCUUUUGCAAAAGUAAAGGCAGAAUCCAAACAGCAUCUGGGUGGUUCCUAGCCAGGGUUUCUGCUUCGUGGAGAAGAACUGUCCACACACUGUGGAAAUGUGUUUCUUGAAGUCCCCAGACAAGUACUUGUGUUUUUAGACAUAUCCGAAUGUGUGACUGACAUCUGACCCCAGGGCUAGGGCCAGCCUGGUAGCUGCACAUGUCACGGGGAGUUGGUGAGUCAGAACAAGGAAUAUGGUAAAGGGAGGGGGAAAGAGACAGCCAGCGGGGGCCUGAGCCCCGCUUUCUGGCCACAGGGUGAUCCUGGCACUUUAGAAACCCAUCCCAUCUGUUUUACUAGAAGGUUUCAGAACUGCCUGCCUCUUCCACCUCCCCAACCCUAUUGAAACCCCUUCACCCAUCCCCGACUCCUCUCUCCAUGCUCAGAGCUGAGACGGGGGCAUGAGGUGGUCCAGCCUUUCCAGUUAGACCCCCAGGAAGCCCCCACAUCUGCAGAACCCUCUCUGGCAACAUCAGGCCUUUUGCUUGUGUCCAUUCAAACCAGCGGCGGAGGGGUGGAGGGACUGGAUUUGGGAAUGCCUUUGAUGUGAUUGACCCCCACCUGUUCUCUGUAAAACUGUCACAAAGAAAAAUGCUCAAUGGCAAAGAGGCCGUUAAGUGGAGGUUCGGUCACAGGGGGCUGCACAGACAAAGGAGAGACGGAGGGAGAUGGAGUGGAGAUGCGACGGGAUUGAGGCCUGGAACCUGUGCUAAGCUCUGAGCUCAGAUGGAGGCACCUAGCAGAGCGCCCAGUCUUCAGAGCCUUCCCUAGCACCAGAGUCAGGUCCUAAUGUCAUAUAGGACAGGCCACUCUGCUCCAGAAGCUGGGAAACUGCCUCCCUCUCUCCAGGCCCUCCGCUCCACCCUCUUUGCGGGUAUGUGACAGUACAGCGGUGCAGGGUACGGUGGGACUGUGACAUCCUUACCUUUUUUGGUCAUUCUGGGCAGGAGAAGGAGGAACUGUAGGCCAGUUGGGGUCAGCCCUGUCAUUGUGUCUGCCUCCCUGUGACUUCCCUACUUCAAAGCCAUGUGGCCGCUGCCUCUGUGGCUGCAGCAUACCUACAGCACCCCAGAGGGGACUGUAGACCCCCCCAACCCUGUGCUGCCAAGGGCUGGUGGGCAGCUGGGUGUGUCAGGCUUAGCUCCUCCCCAUCGCCCUCAGAAAAUCAAUCUCCAUUUGUCUCGUGAAUGUCAAGGUUCAGGGGGCUCCCUCGUGGACUUGUGCAAGUGCUGGGGACCCAGAGGUAGGAACAGCCACAGUCCCUGUCUUAAGGAACUGAACAUCUUCCGGGAGCCUGGUAUUCACCAGGAACCCAGAAGCCUCUUGGCCCUGAUGGUAGGGCUAAGGUGCCGGGGGCCCUCCCCUUCCCCACCAAGGCCUGGACAGCCUCUGGCUCUCUGCCAGCCCCCUCUGUACUGCCUGUCAUUUAGGAAAAUCCUCCACAAUGGUCCCCCUUCUCCCUUUUAUUAUUUAAGUGACUGUGAAUUGAGGUUAGGAAGACGAGCUCACCCUUCUGUGUGCCCUCCCCGUCUGCCUUGGAAACGCAUGAAGGAUGACAGAUACUGUGAAUUCAGUGCUCAUGGCCCACUGUGAAAGGGAUGGAGAAGGCCGAGGGCUCCCUGGGGCUGCAGAGGUCCCCACUGGGGUCUAAGAAUGGAGCCCAAGAAACUUUGGCCCUUCCAGACACCCCUAGUUCCCAGCCUCGCCUCUGAGGCCUUUAACCACCAGUCUCUAGUCUCCCUGGGUUUCUUUGUGACUCAAAGCUUGAAUCCUGGCUAGUCCUGAGCAGCAUGUAGCAAAGUUGACCUCUCCAUGUCACCAAAUCAAAACACCCUGUGCCAUCUCCUGGCAUUUCUUCCUGUGGUCCCUGAAGGGAGUGAAAAGCCCUCUCAGGCUGUUGUUGUGGAAUGACUUGGGGACACAGCGUUGCUCAGGAUGUCAUCAGUAUGUAUGCACCUGGCGUCUUCCAUGGCCACGAGGCACACAUUUUACUUUUUUUUUUGAAUGUGAUGUAAAAUUUGUACAGUAAAAGUUUUUAUAUUUUCCUAUCAAUUGCGUUUGUCUUCCAGAAAUGCUAUUAAUUUAAAUUAAAAUGGUUAGUAUUAACAAA